GCAAGGUAAAUUACGAGUAGUACACAGACGUAAGAUCGAGGAACGGCUCCGGCAGCGCGAACAACUCGGUGGAGGCUUGGAACUUUCGACGGGAGGCAAUCGUCAUCACUGGGCAAACGUCCUCAUGUGCGGCAGUAGGUUCUUGUCUCGAGCAGUGCUUAGGAAUGAGGACGCGGGUGACAAGAGGCUCGUCGAGUGGCCAACGCGCGAGAAUGGGCUUUCCGAAAAAUGGUGGAAAAGCUCGUAAAGCCGCCGGGUAGAUGUAGGGCUUGAAAUCCGAUGUUUGUAGCUGAAUAAUUGAGGAAUUGCGCGGGUCUCGGUGAUUUACUCACGCUUCUCCUCUUAAAGAAACCAGCUGGGUCGCGAGCGUCUCGUGCGUCGAGCGUAAAGUGCUUUAAACAACGGGAGAGCGAGCAAUGAGCAGCGCUAAUGGUUUCUGGGGUGGGGAGCGACGAGGGGCGCCUUAGCGUAGCGCAUCGGGGCAGGCGAUGUGACGUCAUUGGCCAACAGCGAACGCCACGUGCGUCGUUGCCGUCAUUGUGAUCGUUAUAGUUACCGAUUCGUUGGGAGCGUGGAUUUUGGCAGAAAUUCCCGAGGCACCCGACAAGUACCUUGAAUUAUUUAUAAUCGCGCCGCGACGCGUUAUAAGCGAACUGGGAUAACUUUAGUUUGCGGGAGCGCGUGCCAACGAGGAACGCCCCCGUCGUAUCUCGGGUGCAUCACUAGCAGUUGCGACGUCCAACUAUUUCCCUUCCUUUUCCGUCGGCGAUCCUUCGAAGAUUCAGUUCCUCGCUAGGCGUAAACACCGUGCCACGGAUUAUCGCAGCAGCCGUGUUUUCCGACCAGACCUCUAAUUAGCCGCCCCAGCCAUGAAUCUUAUGUUCCGCAAGAACUUCGAGAAGGGUGCCGGGGUCGGUGGUGGAGGGAGCGUUGGAGGUGGAGUCGGUGGGGGCGUCUACGGAGUCGAGCGCUCGACGGUGGGCGGCGGCUCCGGGGGCGCCUCGGGUACCGGUUCCGCCGUCGCCGGAACCCUGGGUCGACCGGGUCCGGCUCGACGCAGUCGCGAACUCGGCUACUACCAGAUGGAACACGACCAUGGGGGCCACGCGUACCGCACUCACCUGUUGUUCUCCGCUCACGCAGGCGGCUCACCGCCCGAGGAGUACGGAGAGCGAUUCGGUCCGGGACCAAGACGCAGCUCCGGGCCCCACCUGAUUAAGUGGGGCGGCGCACCUGGGGCUGGGCUGCCCUCCCAGGCCCAACAGCGGCGAAAACCUAGCGCCGCCCAGAAGGAGCCCAGUGAUCUAUCCCUUGGAUCGAAUGCCGCCUCCAGACAGGUAUCGUUCAGCGGUAAUCGGACUUCAGGCAGUUACACGCCGCUGCUCAUUCAGGGUGCAAGUCCCACGCGGAGCGAGCCCAUCUCCCUGGCGACGCUCGAUCGCGACUGCUUCAUCAUACCUCUGGCCUCGCUGGAGCGAUUCCUGCCCGCGGGAGUUCCCAGUGUACCGAGCGCUGACAAAAGGCGGCCCGACAGUCCGCUCUCCGUUCUCGAGGUCGAGGACCCCAAGCAGUGUAUCCUCGCUCACUUAAUGACGCCAAUGGAGUCUCUGGAUCCACUCAUCGAGUCCCCGGUCGCCCGGCCCCUCGUCCUUCAACGCGACACCGCGGCAGAGCUCCUGGCUGAGAUUGCCCCCAGUGCCUCCCAGAGCAUACUACUCACCAAUAUGGAGCGCAACGCAGACUUUCCAUUUAUCACCUACUACAUAGUGAAUAAGCAGAAGAUCGAUCCCGUCGACUUCUAUCAGGAGGUGCAGUGCGCGGCACUGAAGAAAUUCGACCCACGGGAUUUGCGCUACGCGGCUAACCACAACCUGGACCUCUUCAAUGAAGUCGCAACGAUUGCAAGGCCACCGCUAGAACCACCGGGGGGAAGGCCACCGAUCCCGUCCACAGGCUAUAUCGUUUCGAUAUUUAAAGUUUUUGAGGGCGACGAUCGCUUAAAAUUCGAGCAAAAUUGGCUUUACUGGACCGGUGCUCGCAUGAUGUACCGGUAUCUCCCAAAAUCUGUGGGUCUACGACGAAUCACCCUCCAUAAAUCCAUGUCCCAAGGCGACAAAACUUAUCUGCUGAUCUGCGAAUGCUCGGAGCUUCAAGAAAACUUGUCCGCAGCCGCGAUAUUACUACCGGCGCUCAGGGCACGACUCUGCGGUUACAUCGGACUUUAUCGACCGUCGGUGUGCUUUUAAUUUCCCAAGGCACUUGUGAAACGAAACCAACGGGUUAUCGACAAACAAUCCCUGUACAUAGACGAAUAGAUGCGA